AUGCCUAAUAAGGACCCUUCGUCUCUUAAUACUCCGGAGAAUCAGGAUCUUCGUUUGCUUGUUGUAUCAAACCGUCUUCCCGUUACAAUUACUAAAAAUGAAAAAGAUUAUAGUUUCAAAUUGUCCUCGGGUGGUCUGGUGAGUGCUCUGAGUGGCUUGAAAAAAAUGAUGACAUUUACUUGGAUUGGAUGGCCAGGUGUUAAUGUCCCCGAAGACGAAAUGCCAAAGGUUAUUCAUGAGCUCGAGAAAAAAUCUUGUCUCCCAGUGUUUGUUGAUGACGAACUGGCAGAUCGUCAUUAUAAUGGUUUUUCAAAUUCGAUCUUAUGGCCAUUGUUCCAUUACCAUCCCGGUGAGAUCUCCUUUGAUCAGGAUGAUUGGUCCGCAUAUCAACGAGUCAAUAAUCUGUUCGCAGAAGCAAUUUGUAAAAUAGUCAAAGACGGGGAUUUGGUUUGGAUACAAGACUAUCAUCUGAUGUUAUUGCCAAGUUUGCUGAGAGAGAAGAUGGGGACUGCAAAGAAACACGUGAAAAUUGGCUUUUUCUUGCACACACCAUUUCCCAGCAGUGAAAUUUACCGAAUUUUACCUGUUCGUAAGGAAAUUCUCACAGGAGUACUUAGUUCCGACCUAAUCGGUUUUCAUACCUAUGAUUAUGUUCGACAUUUUCUAUCCUCGUGUACACGCAUUCUAGGCCUGUCAACUAUGCCUAAUGCUAUAGAUUACGAGGGAAGACAUGUUCAUGUUGGUACAUUUCCCAUCGGAAUUGAUCCUGAAAAGUUUGUUGAAGGAUUGUCACAGCCUAAAGUGCAGGAACGUAUCAAGACUCUAGAGGAAAAGUUUAAGGGUAUUAAGAUUAUUGCGGGUGUCGAUAGAUUGGAUUACAUUAAGGGCGUUCCGCAAAAGUUUCACGCGUUAGAAAUAUUUCUAAGUGAGCAUCCUGAAUGGAUCGGUAAGGUAAUGCUGGUUCAAGUCGCUGUUCCAUCCCGUCAGGAUGUGGAAGAAUACCAAAACUUGCGUGCUGUUGUCAAUGAAUUGGUUGGAAGAAUCAACGGAAAAUUUGGCACAAUUGAAUUUAUGCCAAUUCAUUUCAUGCACAAGUCCGUCAGUUUUGAGGAAUUGGUUGCAUUAUACGCCAUCUCGGACGUUUGUCUAGUGUCUUCUACGCGCGAUGGUAUGAAUUUGGUGUCUUACGAGUAUAUUUCUUGCCAGAAAGACAGACAUGGCGUCUUGAUCCUGAGCGAGUUUGCCGGUGCUGCUCAGUCUUUGAAUGGCUCUGUUAUUGUUAACCCUUGGAACACGGCGGAACUUGUCAACGCCAUCCAUGAAGCCGUUAAUAUGCCCGAUGAUUUGCGCAAGAAAAAUUAUGAGAAAUUAUAUGGCUAUGUAACAAAACAUACAGCAGCAUAUUGGGGAUUGAGCUUCAUUGAGGAGUUGAGGCGUGCAAGUGAAUAUGUGCAAAUUCCACGUUUAACCAUAGAAGAAACCGUGAAAGCGGUUAAAGCAUCUACCAAGAAAAAGGUGAUAUUGUUGGACUACGAUGGAACUCUGACCGCAACUCACAAAUUACCAGAAUUCGCCAAACCAUCCGAUGUCAUUAUUUCAACUCUCAAAUCUCUACAAUCCCGACCAAACACUUAUGUCUAUAUACUUUCUGGUCGUGGACGGCAGCAUCUCGACAGUUGGUUUUCCUCAACGGAAAUCGGUCUUUCCGCAGAACACGGCUGUUUUUACAAACACCCGAAAAUCCUUCAAAGUACGAUAGAUCCGGUCAGCAAUUGUCAUUCGGAAGGGAGAACGGUUAAAGAAGAAAGUAAUGGUUGGUAUAGACUUGUAGAACAAGUCGAUCCUGCCUGGAAAGAGAAUAUUAGGCCUUUGUUUCAACAUUAUUAUGAGCGAACUCCAGGCUCGUUUAUCGAAGAAAAAGAAAUCAAUUUAACAUGGCAUUAUCGCAAUACUGAUCCGGAAUUCGGAGCAUGGCAGGCUACAGAACUUCAAAUUAAUCUGGAAAAAUUAUUGAGUCACAUGGCUUUAUCGAUUGAAAUUGGUAACAAAACUCUCGAAAUUCGCCCCGCAACAGUGGACAAAUCGACGGCCGUCCGUGCAAUAUUAAAAGACCUACAAUUCGUAGGAGGUGUGGAUUUUAUACUUUGCGUCGGUGAUGGGAAAACGGACGAACCAGUUUUCUCGUUACUCAAAGAAAGCUAUCCGAACAGUAUUACGAGUACAGUCGGGAAAAAAAGAACUGAAGCUAAAACUUAUAUUGAUAAUGUUAAAGAUGUUCAAAAGUUGUUAAAUACGUUGGCGCAAGAGAUUCCAGAAAAAUAA